UGAACCCAAAAGGCGGUGAUUGGAUUUGGUUCGUUCUAAGUUCAAAAUUAGGAUUCAAUUUUUACUAACCCAAAAGAAAACAGAAACCUAAAAUAAUUUAAUUUAGCGUUAAUAUUCAAAUAGAAGACACAGAGAAAAGAGCGAAGAUUACCAAAAUCGUCAUCAAUGGCGGAUCCUGGUCCUGCCAGUUUCUCAACGAGAGCCAAUGCCUUGCUUAGGAAAAACUUAACCUAUCAGAAACGGAAUCUAUGGAGCAAUAUUCGGCUUAUCAUGAUCCCUUUCUACCUCUGUAUACUUCUAGUGAUUAUACAAGUCCUGUUCGAUACAAAUAUUAAUAACUCUGCUGAUAAUCGCUGUGGUUGUCGAUGCAUCGUCAGAAAUAGAAAUGGAAAAUGCCAAAGAGAGAUUUGCGGUUUAGAACAUUCUAAACCGGAUCAAGCUUUCUUUUGUUCCAUCCCUAGUCCUCCACUAUGGCCUCCAUUGUUACAAAUCCCGCGCCCUGAGAGUCGCGCUGUUAGUGAUCCUGCUGAUGAUGGUAGUGGUCUUCCUAAUGACUCUUGUAGACGAACAGGAUCUUGUCCUGUUACUAUACUGUUUACUGGAAAUAACCGUUCCCUUGGAACAACUGUAUCUGGGAAUCUGCUCACUAGUUCCUUAUCUGCGAACUCCUCUGACAUCUUGCUUACUUUAGCUAAUAAUGUUUUGGGUACAUCAGUUGAGGCAGAUUUCACCAAUUAUCUUGAUCCUGGGAUUGCCUCAAACCUUUCCAUCUACAAUAUCCAACCUCGGUGCAUUUCUAAUGCUACGUUCCCAUUCUCAUUCGAACAACCACCUCUCAAGUUUGAAAAAGAGUUGAGAUGUGUUGAAGGAUUCAAUAUCUGGAAAAAUACCUCCAUAGAGGUCAAUGAUUUGAUUUUCAAGGGUUAUCGGAAAGGAAACCCUGAGGGGAAGAUAAAUGAGAUCUCUGCAGCAUAUGAUCUCUUGAACACUGAUAGGAACAAUUUCAAUGUCCACAUCUGGUAUAAUUCAACAUACAAGGACGAUUCAGGAAAUAGACUUACAAAGUUGGUCCGUGUUCCCCGCUCAGUCAAUUUGGUGUCAAAUGCUUACCUUCAAUUUUUACAAGGCCCGGGGACAAGGAUGUUGUUCGAAUAUGCCAAAGAAAUGCCUAAACCAGAAACAAGUCUUCGUCUGGACAUCGCGUCUCUAAUUGGCCCCCUUUUCUUUACAUGGGUUAUUCUUCUUCUGUUCCCUGUGAUAUUGUCGUCAUUAGUGUAUGAGAAACAGCAACAUCUAAGAAUUAUAAUGAAAAUGCAUGGCCUAGGAGAUGGUCCUUAUUGGAUGAUUUCCUAUGCCUAUUUCCUUACCAUAUCCGUGUUAUAUGUUAUAUGCCUGAUGAUAUUCGGGUCAGCAAUAGGACUGAAGUUCUUUCGGCUUAAUGCCUACAGCAUCCAAUUCGUAUUCUAUUUUCUCUAUGUGAAUCUGCAAAUCGCCCUUGCCUUUCUAGUUUCUUCAGUAUUUUCAAAUGUCAAGACAUCAACAGUUGCUGCUUACAUAUACGUGUUUGGAUCUGGACUUUUGGGCUUGUUUCUACUCAACUUUCUGAUUGAAGAUUCAUCAUUUCCUAGAGGCUGGAUUAUUGUCAUGGAGUUAUAUCCUGGCUUUUCCUUAUACCGUGGGCUAUAUGAGUUGGCACAAUUUGCUUUCCGGGGAAACUUGAGAGGGGAAGAUGGGAUGAAGUGGAAAGAUUUCAGUGAUAGUGCAAUGGAUGAUGUUUUUUACAUCAUUAUCGUCGAAUGGUUUCUUGCCCUCAUUGCAGCAUACUAUAUCGAUAAGAUUUCUUCAUCAGGAAAAGACCCAUUGUUCUUCUUGCAAAACCUUUUCAAGAAAUCUCCUUCUUUUCGAAGGCCUAGUUUGCAGAGGCAAGGUUCCAAAGUCUCCGUUGAGAUGGAAAAACCAGAUGUUACUCAGGAGAGUGAAAAAGUUGAGCAACUGAUGCUUGAGUCGAGCACAAGCCAUGCGAUUGUAUGUGACAACCUGAAGAAGGUGUAUCCAGGUAGAGAUGGGAACCCGCCAAAAUUGGCAGUCCGGGGGUUAUCUCUCGCUGUGCCUUCAGGAGAAUGCUUUGGCAUGUUAGGGCCCAAUGGUGCUGGCAAGACGUCCUUCAUCAAUAUGAUGACUGGGCUCCUGAAACCAACAUCUGGGACAGGACUUGUUCAAGGUUUGGAUAUAUGCAAUGAUAUGGACAGAGUAUACACCAGCAUGGGCGUAUGCCCGCAGCAUGAUUUGCUCUGGGAAACACUGACAGGAAGGGAACAUCUGCUGUUUUAUGGGAGACUUAAGAAUCUCAAAGGCUCUGAUCUCAACCAAGCUGUGGAAGAGUCUCUUAAGAGUGUCAACCUUUUCCACGGAGGAGUUGCCGACAAACCUGCUGGGAAAUACAGCGGGGGUAUGAAAAGGCGGCUGAGCGUAGCCAUUUCACUUAUCGGGAACCCUAAGGUGGUUUAUAUGGAUGAGCCAAGUACAGGACUUGAUCCAGCCUCGAGAAAGAACCUAUGGACUGUCAUCAAGCGUGCAAAACAAAACACUGCGAUAAUCCUCACAACCCACUCAAUGGAAGAAGCAGAAUUUCUAUGUGACCGAUUGGGUAUUUUUGUGGACGGAGGCUUGCAAUGCAUUGGCAACCCUAGAGAGCUGAAGGGAAGGUAUGGUGGAUCCUAUGUGUUUACGAUGACAACAUCAUCAGAACACGAGCAAAACGUGGAGAAGCUGAUUCAAGAUGUCUCGCCAAACGCCAAGAAGAUAUAUCACAUCGCAGGAACCCAGAAGUUUGAGCUUCCAAAAAGGGAGAUUCGGAUCUCAGAGGUGUUUCAGGCGGUGGAGAAGGCGAAGAGCAACUUCACGGUUUUCGCUUGGGGACUCGCAGACACAACCCUUGAAGAUGUCUUCAUCAAGGUUGCUAGGACUGGUGAGGCCUUUAAUGUCUUUUCUUGAUCUUCUUAGAUUCAUACGUCCAUGUUUUGUCCAAUGUCAAAUUGCUACCACAUGAUACAAAAUUAGUGUUUAUAAGAUUUCAUGUAUAUUACUGCCUUACUGGAUAUAUGUAAUAAGUUCGUGA